AUGGUCGCUCCAGAGCAUCUACGCGCGUUCUGGAGCCGCUGUCUCCUCGGCCUUCGCACGGCCACCGCCGCGGUCCUCGCAGCGGUGCUCGUCCUGCACGAACCCUUCGCGACGUGGUUACCAGUGCCCUUCUUCGCCGCCGUCCUCGCCAUCCUCGUCGCGGACCAAACCCUAGGCGCAUCCCUCCGCAAUGCGACGUACACUCUAGCAGGCGCGGUUCUCUCCAGCAUCCCUUCCGCCAUCCUCUUCCGCCUCUUCAUGCUUCCGCCGCCGCCUGCUCCAUCCCCCCCCUUUUCCGCCCCCCCUCCCCCGUCCCCCGCGCUCUACCCUCCCCCACCCCCAGGGUUCCCGUCUUUGCCCCCCCCCACUCCCUCCUCACUCCCUCUUCCAGUCGUCUCUUCCUUCGCCCUUUACUCUAAUAUCUGGGCGACCCCGGCGGUUCUGCUGGUAACCCUAGCCUUGGCGACAGCGGUUCUCUCCUUCAUUAUAAUCCCGCCACUCACUCGCAAGGUGGCCCUUGCCAUCCUAUCCAUCCUUCUCCUCCAAUUCGCCGCAGUCCUUCGUUCUGCAGACAACCUCCCCGCACCGUUCCAAACCGCUGCUAUUCCCCCUGGCAACGCUUCAGCUACCGCUGUUGCCGCUUCUGCUGUUGGCUCUGAUUCAAUCUACCCAGAUGCAGCCUCAGCUCCCCGCAACGUCUUUGGAACUGAACCCUGGCUAUACCCUCUCCGCUUCCUCUGCACAGCCCUCCUAGGUAUAGCCUGCGGCCUCCUCCCCAUGCUGCUGCCCUUCCCAGCCCUCGCCUCCUCCCAAGCGCGCCAGAAGCUCCUGUUUGCCGCCCGCUGCGCUGCCGCCCAGUUCCACACUCUCGCUGCGGCGUUUUGCCUGGUGGAUUCUCAGGCGCUGGCAACAGCAGCGAUUCAGGUUUGUAUAUUGGCGCGGGCGGCCCAGCCUAAUAUAUCCGCGUUAAAAGCUCUGGAGGCGGAUAUUUGGUGGGAGGAGCAGGUGGGUGAUCCGUUAAGGAGCGAAAUGGAGGCGUGGGGAAGGGUUAUCCGGGGGUUACAAGCGGUGGACGUGCAUCUGCAUGGCAUGCGCAUGGCUCUGGACACAGGGCAGAUCAAAGAGUCUCCCCUUGCUCUCCUGCACGAGCUCCGCCCACCCCUUGUGCUGCUUGCUCGCUCUGUGGGACUGUGCUUGACCCAUGCUGCUGAGGCGCUUGGGGGAGGGGGAGCGGGAGGAGGGGAGGGAGAGGGGGCGGGAGAGGGAGAGGGUGAGGGAGAGGGAGAGGGAGGGGGGGAGGAGAAGAGCUCACGUGCCGUUCCUGCUGCUGCAGGUGCUGAAUCGAGAAAACAGGGGCGGAAGUGGUGGCAGUGGGGGCAGUGGCGGCGGUGGUGGCAGCAGCAGCAGUGUGUGCACGGGCAUGUGGAGCAGCUGUUGCAAGAGGGCGUGCAAGCAGUGAUCCAGCUAGACAGUGCCCUGUUACGAGGCAGAGAGCUCGCGUAUUACCGCCUGUAUGAAAGUGAUGAUAGUGAUGAAUCUGAUGUUAGGUUGGAGAGGAGCGAGCCGGGACACGCACACAACUCUCUCCACGCGACCCCCCAUGCAACCGCACACUCGGCUCCUCCUCACACUCCCUCUCCUCACUCCCCUCUGCUCGCCGCGGCACACUCCCCUCCGCACUCCCCCUCGUUCUCCCCGCCGCACGACCCGCGGGCGUUUGUGAGCAGCACGCACGCGUCGAGCCUGGUGGCGUCGCAGUUCUUCCUCUUCAACGCGCGCCAGAUGACCCUUCAACUCCUGCACCUCGCCUCCGACUGCUGCUGCCGCCACUGCCGCUCCGCUAACGCCGCUGCUGCUGCCGCUGCUGGUGCUGGUGCUGGUGCUGGUGCUGGUGAUGCUGGUGAUGCUGGUGAUGCUGGUGAUGCUGGUGCUGCUGCCGCUGGUGUUGGUGCCGAUGGUGGUGCUGCUAUGUCUGGAUCCAAAGCACGCUCCUCGUCCUGCUGCCGGCACAGCUCUGUGCGCGGUAGUCUUAGCGUGCGGGACAGCAUACAGCGUGCCAGUGUGGGGGACAGCAUGCAGGGAGGCGGUGAGGGGAGGGCUAGACAGUCACGCGUAGAACCAAAGCAACUCUUUACAGACUCCCCUGCUGCUGCCACUCUUGGUGCUUCCACUCUUGUCGAAUCCAGCAACCCUGCUGCUGGUCCUUCUCCUCCUAUUCUGCCUGCUGCUCAUGCUGCUGCUGCCACGGGCGAUCACCCCACCGCUAACACUAACACCCCUCCAUCUGCUAGCAACCGUUCCUCCCCCUGCUCCACGGCCCUACCCCACGCUUUAAGUGGUGCUGGCGUUACUAAUAAUCGCUCUUCUCACUCCUCCACAGCCCUGCCCCACGCUUUAAGCGGUGCUGCUGGUACCUCUGCUAGUAGACGGUCGUCUGCUUCCUCCACCGCACUCCACCACUCUGAAACCAGUUCUUUCACCAGACGGUCGUCCCAUGAGCACGUGUAUCUGCCCCAGGUAUUGUCUCUAAUCGAUGUGACUAUAGCGGUUGCUGGAGGGGACCAAGGAGGGGUGGGUGGGGAGGAAGAGGGGGAGGAGGAGCAGGAGGAGGAGGAGGAGGAGGACGAGGGAAAUGAGGAGGAGGAUAGGGGGGAUGAGGAGGGUGGUGUGAGGGGGGGAAGAGAGUUGGGAGGAGGGGAAGGCAGGGAUCCAAAGGGGGGAAAGAAGGCGAGGGGAAUGAGGAGCAGAGCAAAGAAAGGGGGGGACACUCAGGGGAGACAACAGGCAGGAAUCACACUGACAGGCCUCACUCGUUGCUUUGAUCGUCUUGGUGCUACGUGCUUACCUUGGUUCCCUCGCGCAUGCAUCUUCACAGCUUCUGCUCGGUUCCUCUCCGCCCUCCUCUCCCUCCUCUCCUCCCUCCUCUCACUCCUCCUCUCAGCCGCCCGCUUCCUCCUCACCUCCCUCUCCGCGUCCUUCUCUUCUGAAAACGCGCUACCGCGAGCAAUCGCCUCCUUCAAAGUCACCCUCGCUAUAGUCACAUCGGCCCUCCUGGGCGGCCUAGUCUCCCCCACAUUCGACUUCUGGGCGGCAGUCACUGUAGCAUUCGUUUCAGGGGGAUACCAGGGGGGGUCUUUCAAAGCUUCUAUGCUGAGACUCCAGGGGACAGUGGCAGGGGCUGUGUUUGGUUACUUGCUAGUUCCUCUAACUACGGAUCGCAUGCCGCUGCUGCUGGCGGCGCUGGCUGUGUGGGUGUUUCUGACUGCGUUUGUGCGGACGAGUAAAGAGUAUGGGUAUGCAGGGGUGGUUGCUGCAUUCACUGCUGCGAUCAUCAUGCUGGGGUAUCCGGCUCUCAACAGCCCUCCUCCUCCUCCUUCCCUUUCUCCCUCCUCCGCGCCGCCCUCCCCUCCCUCCUCCUCUGUCUCCCUCUCCGACUUAACAGUCGAGCACUACGCUCUAUUACGAAUCACAGAGACGUGCAUUGGUCUUGUGUCUGUGAUACUCAUUGAGCUUCUCGUUUUCCCCACCCGAGCCGCCGCUCUGGCUCGGGCCGAGCUUGUGGCAAACAUCACCCGCUGCCGUGUCUGCGCUGCCACGGUUGCCUGGUCCUACUUCGGCGGGACGUUCGGAGGGAGGUUCGGCGGGAGGUUCGGCGAUGGGCCGGGUGCGGGGGUUGGUGGUAGGGAGGUAGGAAAAGGGAGGUAUGGUGGUGGCAAGUCGGGCUGGGCAGGGUGGUUUGGAAGGUGGUUCGGGGGAACGGGUAAGGGUGGCAGAGGAGGAGAGGGAGGGAGAGGGGGAGAUGGAGGGGGAAGAAGAGGAAGUGGAGGGGAUGAUGAGAGGAGGGAGAGGGGAGGGAGUGAGGGAUGCGAGAAGAGAGCAGGAAAAAAGGCCGAGAAUGGCCCUGAAUCAGGUUACAAAGGAGCUGGCCUGUCUGUUGAGAUGGGUCAGAUUCCCAGUGCUACCAUGGGGCGGCGGCAAAUUGGGAUGGCAGGAGGUGGGCGAGCAGAGGUGACUCUUGAAUCGACUCAGAAGGUAGGGGAUGAGGUAAGGGGGGUGGAUGGAGGAGUAGAAAGCGGUGCAGUGCAGACGAACGGAGGGAGGGCGGAUGCGGCUCAUGUGGAUAGAGCAGAGGGGACUUUGGCAGAUGUGGUAGACGCUACGGGUGCAUCUGUUGGGCGUGCAUCUAGAGGUGAGCCUGUGGUUGACCCUGUGGAUGGAUCUGUGUCUGUGUGUAUCCCUUCCGCCCAUGGGGAUGGGUGGGAUGGGGAAGGGUGUGUGGGGAGUGAUAGUGGGGACGGGGAGGGGCAGCAGCAGGAGGAGGAGGUGGGGGAUGUGGAGCGGAUUGAUUCUGCUGCGGACCUGCUAGGGCGUGAGAGGGGAGGGGGAGAGGAGGGGGUGAGGCAGAGGGCGAGGAGGAGGAGUGGGAGGGAAAGGGAGCGGAGAGGAGGGUUUGCAGGGAGGAGGCAGUGGAUGGCUGGAACAGGGAGAGGCGGGCAGGGGAAGCAGCAGGGGCAAUGGCAUUGGCCGUGGAUUUGGCUUUGGAAAGGGCAGGGUUCAAAUGAGCAGAGACAGACGGUACAGCUGCAGCAGCAGCAACAGCAGCAGCAGGAGGAGGAGGUAGAACGUGGGAUGAGGAGGCAGAGAGGAAAGCAGGAAGGGGCGUCAAGACAAGAGAGGGAGAGGGAGCACGAGCAGGCGAAUGCUUUUGAGAAGGCUCCAAAUAACCCUCACAAUGCGAAGGCAAGGGAGACGGAGCAUGAGCGGGAGGAGAGGCGGCGCAGGGAGAAAGCCGGGGCAGUGAAACGAGUGGCAGAGCUCCAAGCUGCCGUGGCUGCCAGCAUGGCUCGGCAGCAGGUGCUGCUCGACGAAGCUACCGCCGAGCCUGCGCUCUGGCACGCGCCGUUUCCCGAGCCUGCGUAUAAGAGAUUGCUGGCAAGUCAGCAGCGGAUGCACCAGUUGCUUUACUUUAUGGAUUGCAGUUUGAGGGCUGUUGCGUCUGUGGAGGGGAGGGAGAGGGAGGAGAGGCGGGAGAGGGAGAUGGAGGUUUCUAGGGAGGGGUGGAGGGUUGUUGAGGAGGAGAGGGAGCGAGGGAUGGGCGCGGGGAGGGGAGGGGGAGGGGAAGGUGGGGUGGUGGAGGUAGGGGCGGGUGGAGGAGGAGAAGGGGGAGAAACUGGGGGAGUGGGCGCAGUGGGAGCAGAGGGGGGAGUGGGCUCAGUGGGAGCAGAGGGGGGAGUGGGCGCAGUGGGAGCAGAGGGGGGAGUGGGCUCAGUGGGAGCAGAGGGGGGAGUGGGCUCAGUGGGAGCAGAGGGGGGAGUGGGCGCAGUGGGGGGAGCUGUGGGGGGCAAAGUGGAGGGAAGAGACAUAGAAGCCAUUGGAGGAAGGGCAGAAAUGGGAAAUGCGGAUCGUUCCACAGGGAUGGGUGCGGAGGUGGUCAGUGGGAGUCCCAGUGAGACGAGGAGCAGGGAGGGGGAACAAACGGGAGAUGCAGCAGCGUUGCAGGGUCCCUUGGCAGCAGCAGGGGCGCCGAUUGCAACAGCAGCAGCACCACCCAGCAGAUAUUUACCAGCAGGACCAGGAGUGGGAGCAGGAGGGGGAGCGGGAGCGAGAGCGGGAGCGAGAGCGGGAGCGGGAAUGGGAGUGGGAGUGAAGGUGCUGCACGGGAGACCUAGCGAGACAGGCAGGGAGGUUGAGCGGCUGGUACAGCCGCUGAGGGGCGCGUUGAGGGAGAUGGAGGAAGAAAUGGUGGUGGCUCUGUGGUGCGUGGAGCGUGCUCUAGUGUGGGGCCAUGGCAGCUGGGCUGGUGUGGUGGGGGGGGGUGAGGGGGGAGAAGAGGUGUGGGAGGAGGAGUGGGAGGAGUGGGAGGAGGAGGGGGGGGAUGGGGAGCAUAUUGAAUGGGAGUGGGAUGAGGGGGAGAGGCGGGAGGGGAGUGAAGGAAGCUGGGAUGGGGAAGAGUUGUGGGGGGAUGGGAAGGAUGAGCGAGGGAGGAGAAUGGAGAGGGAGGGAGGAGGGGAGGAGGCAGAGGAAGAGGAGGGGUUGCAGAGGGGUGAGAAGGAGUUGGGGUUGGGAGGGAGUAGUGGCGAAGGGAUGGGGGGUGAAGCCCUUGCAAAGAGACUCGUGUGGAGGGUUGGGAGUGGGGAUUCAGAUGAGGAGGAGGAGGGGGAGAGGAAGAGCAGGAAGGAGGGGAAGGAGGGGGAGGUGGACGAGGAGGAAAAGGGGAAGGAGAAGGAGAAUGAGGAGGAGAGACAGUGGCAGCAGCAGGGUGGGCAGGAGGGCAGCAGCAGUAGAGUGUGGGGCAGGAGGGGGAGUGGGAGCAGGAGAGUGAGUUUUGGGGGCAAUCAAAGCACCAGAGCCAGUGGUGAAGCAGGAGAAGCAGGUGGUGGGGGGGAUGAGUGGAAAGAAGAAACUGGAGGGGAUGGCAGGACGAGAGUGAGGAGGAGGUGGAGUGAGCCUGUUGCAGUGCGAGGGACGGCAGGAGAAGGAGGUGCAUCAGGAGUGAGUGCAGGUGCAGCAGGAAGUGUGAGUGGGAGCUUGAGUGGGCGAGGAGGGACAAAGGUGCGUUGGACGGUAGGUGGUGAUGUUGACACCCACACCAACACCAACACCCACACCAACAUCCAACCCCAACCCCAACCCCAACCCCGUCUCACUGCUAACAACCAUCACAGAAUACAGUGGCUGCUUCCCUCCCUCGCCUCCGCCCUCCCAUCCCUCCCGCCGCUCCCAGCCCUUCCCACUCCCCACCGCCACGCCCUCCCUUUACUGCACCGCCGGCAGCACCAGCAGCAGCAGCAGCAGCAGAGCUUCGUGGGUUUCCGCAGCUGGCGUUGGCGUGUGGGGCCGUUUCAAGGAGGCAUGGGGGAUGAGGUGGGGGGCAGUGUUAGGCCGCUGCUGGCAGAGGAGGGGAGUGGGAGAGGGGAGGGGAGGGGGGAGCGGAGAGGAGAGGGGAGAGGAGAGGGGAGUGCGGAGGAAAGGGGUGAGGAGAGCGGGAAGGAAAGAGGGAAGGAGAGGGUUGAGGGAAGCAGGGAGGAGAGGGAGGAAGAAGAGGAGGAGGAGGAGGAGGAGGAGGAGGGACGGAGGGUCGAGGGCGGUGAGGGGAAAAUCGUGAGUGAGAGGCAAGAGGAAGAGAGCAGUCAGGUAGUGGAUUCGACAGUAAGGGUGAGCGUAGAGGAACCUGGUGCGACAACUCAGGAGGGGAGGAGUGGCCGGGGUGAAGCGACCCAAAACACUCGCCAUCGCGGUGAAUCGAUGCCAUAUACCGGCACAAGGAGAGCGGCGGGAGCGCACGGCACCACCACAAGGGGCAGGCGAGCGGGGCGCAAGCGAGCAAUGGAGGGAUUCGUACGUGAGUACAACCAUGUACUAGACGCGCCUGAUGCGGCGGCAGCAGGACACGGCAACACCACAAGGGGCAGGCGGGCGGGGCGGAAGCGAGCAAUGGAGGGAUUCGUGCGCGAGUACAACCAUGUACUGGACGUGCUGAUAGCGAGUAAGAGGCAGCACCCGGAGGAGAGCAUAGUGCGGAACUCAGCGAUGCUGUCGUUCAACUCGCUGGUGUUCAGCAUGCAGGCUCUCAUGGAGGAGAGCGAGGAGCUCGCCAGGAGUGCGAGAGAGAUGCUGCUGGUGGAGCAGCCGCUGGAUAUGGGGCACAUGGCUGCGAUACGGUUCACUUGA